UUGUGAUAUGACAAAAUGUGAAAAGGUUCAAAGGAGUAUACAUUAGUUUACAUUUUUUAAGGCUCCUUACAUUAUGCAAAUAUUCUCAUUUAUCGUUUGCUGAAGAGAUAAAUCCUUGAUGCGUUAAUGCUGACAUUUAGUGUCUUACUUCUAGGAAAUACAGUUUACUCUGUAAUAAGAGCAAACUUUGCAGUGAGUGUGCAGAGAGCCUUUGUCACAAAAUGUGAAUCUAUGAGACAUUGCUUUGCAUUUUGCUGUAGCCCAACCAAACUGAUCCUGGAAUCAGAGUUACAUGUUUCUUUGUGCACUCUCGCCUCUCUGGGUGCAGCUUUUUAAAGGCAAAUUCUUCUACUGUGAUGGGCUAAAUGUCAGCAAUAUUACCAACAAAACCGAGUGUCUGGAGGCGGGUUAUCACUGGAUACGACGGAAAUACAACUUUGACAACCUUGGACAGGCACUGAUGUCGCUCUUCGUGCUGUCUUGUAAGGAUGGCUGGGUGAGCAUUAUGUACGAUGGCCUGGAUGCUGUUGGGGUGGACCAGCAGCCGAAAAGAAACAAUAACCCCUGGAUGCUGCUGUUCUUCAUCUCGUUCCUCCUCAUUGUGAGCUUUUUCGUGCUCAACAUGUUCGUGGGUGUGGUGGUGGAAAACUUUCACAAGUGUCGGCAGCAGCAGGAGGAGGAGGAAGCCAAGUUGAGGGAGGAGAAACGACAGAAGCGGCUGGAGAAAAGGAGGAGAAGGGCCCUGGAGAAACCAUAUUACGCUGACUACUCCCCACUGCGGAGAUCCAUACACACAGUGUGCACCAGCCACUACCUGGAUCUCUUCAUCACCAUCAUCAUCUUCACAAACCUCCUAACUAUGAGCAUGGAGCACUACAACCAACCUCAGUACUUGGAGGAGAUCCUGAAGUACUGCAAUUAUGUCUUCACGCUUGUAUUUGUUAUUGAGGCAAUUCUGAAGCUUAUCGCUUUUGGCCUGCGACGAUUUUUCAAAGAGAGAUGGAACCAGCUGGACUUAGCCAUCGUGUUGUUGUCCAUAAUGGGAAUCACGCUGGAGGAAAUAGACCUGAGUGCUUCCCUCCCCAUCAAUCCCACAAUCAUUCGAAUCAUGAGGGUCCUCAGGAUAACAAGAGUGCUGAAGCUGCUGAAGAUGGCCACAGGGAUGAGAGCUUUGUUGGACACAGUGAUGCAAGCUCUGCCUCAGUUUCAGGGCCACUCUGCAGUGACCACUGUCUGCGUGGUUUACAAACACCUCUGAUUCCUUCAAUCAGCUGGUGUUAAACCUGCAUCACCAACAGAGCACUAAGCAACAGCAGCA